AACGGAAAGAGACAUACUGAUAACUCUUGAAAGCACAUUCAAACGAACAAAAAUUAUUUUCAGAUAUCGUUCGAUCUCUCUGUUUAAUUUUCUUCGAAUUUCAGAGAAAAUCUCGAGGGACUAUUUGGUGAUAGCGUAGAGUGGAAAAACGUCCGUAGUGCGCAGACGAUCUGACGCACGGUGAUUGUUGUGACAGAAGUAUAGAAGAGGUAUUGUGUCGCCGUCUUUCCAGUUCGGAAUCAGCAAAAUCCGUGUGAAAUCGAUAGACAAAACAUCCACCCAGAUCAGUAGCGGAACACGAUCUCAUUAAAUUGCACUGUUCGUGCAAUUACGAGAAAGAAAAAAUGAAGUUUCGUUACAAGGAGGAACACCCUUUUGAAAAGAGGAAGGCUGAGGGCGAAAAAAUUCGACGAAAAUAUCCCGACAGGGUUCCCGUCAUUGUUGAGAAAGCACCAAAAGCUAAAAUUAGCGAUUUGGACAAGCAAAAGUACCUAGUACCAUCUGAUUUGACUGUAGGUCAAUUUUACUUUCUAAUCCGUAAACGAAUUCAUCUUCGUCCCGAAGAUGCUUUAUUCUUCUUUGUUAACAACAUCAUUCCCCCGACAAGCGCCACUAUGGGUUCCCUCUACGCGGAACACCACGAGGAAGACUUCUUUCUGUAUAUGGCAUACAGUGACGAGAAUGUAUAUGGACACUAAAUCACAAAACAGAAGACAUUAAAAUAAAAAAUUGGACAACAAAAAUUUGCCAUCUACAACGUAGUCCUUUUAGAUGCUUUUGGAAGUAUUAACAAAAUUAUAUCUUUCAAUCUUUUGAGUGAAACAUUAAAUCCUAGCACCGCACACUAAACUAAGUUUGCUUCCUUAAGAUAAAUUGGACAUGUUCGUCUGCCAACUAUGCGAACGUUGUAUUUUUUUUUUUUCUUUUUUUCUCUCUCUUUUUUUUUGCCUUUGAUU